CACGGUCACAGCCUACAGGUUGAUGAAAGCUUCGAUGAGGAAGCCGGGCGAUUAUGCCACGGAGAGUAAUCCGCUGAUCUAUACGUUCCUCGUUGACAUGUAUCUCCGUGAGCGUGCGCCCCACCAUCGAGCCGCGAAACGAAGGCCCUAUCAAGUACCAGUGGUGCCCUGACAUAGCUUCGCCCGCAACAUUUGUUCUCUUGCGCAUCGGGAUAUCAUCAAGCUUGGCUUCUGCGGGUUCUGAAGGGCGACGGGUAUGAGACCUCUGUGAGGGAUACAGACCUGCGUAUACAGAUCAAGUACAUGAUCUUUUAUACCGCCUCGUUCGAUACUAGCCCGCAGAGUCUCCGCCCCCCAAUAACCUCGCCGCAGCUCCAGACAUAGGUUUGCUGCACAUGAAACUACUCUUCGGGCACUUGCUUUGUGUGUAUCGUUCAUGGGUCGACUGGACCGUCUCCAUGCUGCUGUGGCGGUGGCCUGACGUCCCCUCGGCGUCUGCGGAGACAGACGUUCCACAGAGCGUGUUGGAGAAAGGUCUAGCUGACCUUCCUAGGGCUUCAUCCGCCUCUUCGAGCAUUGUCGUUGGGGAGGAACGUCCGGUACCCUAUCGCUGCAUCCACCACGCUAUCCUAGCGCAUGCCGCCCGUGAUCCAUCCGCCAUAGCGGUCACCGCUCAUACCGGUGAGACCAUAACCUACGGAGAGCUCGCAGAGACGUCCCUGCGUGUGGCGCAGACUCUCCGUGCGCACGGCGUUGGAAAGGGAUCAAGAGUCUGUCUAGUCAUUCAGCGAUCCAUCCCCCCUAUAGUCGCCAUCCUCGCGGUCCUUCGCCUCGGUGCCGCAUAUAUCCCGUUGGACGGUGACUCGAUCACGGACCAGUCAUUGCAAGCCGUGAUUCACGACGCACAACCUACAUGCACCCUCUUGUCGAGGGCUUGCGUUCAUCGCGCAGCCCAAAUCAACGGUGUCCACUGUUUUCUGGAGGACAUUCUGGACGCGCACGAACAGCCCACAUCCUCGCAGGGUAUCACAGACAUUGCAGACCCAUCUGAUUGCGCAUACAUAAUAUUCACGUCAGGGACAACUGGAGUGCCGAAGGGCGUCAAAGUGUCCCAUCGUAACGUCACCAACUUGCUAUGCCUCAGCCCCGGGAACCUCGGGAUCGCCCCCGGGGUGCACGUCGCGCAGCUCCUGAACGUAGCGUUCGACAUGUGCGUCUGGGAGACCCUUGGGUGCCUCAUGAACGGCGGCACGCUCCACCUGCGCGGGCCGCGUCGCGCAGACUGGCUGCAGGUCCUCCGGACGGUGCACGUCGUCAUCUCGACGCCCUCAAUACUCGCGCAGCACGACCCCGCCGACUAUCCCAACAUCCGCGUCGUCGCCACCGCGGGGGAGCCCUGCCCCGUCGCCCUGGCGGACAGGUGGGCGAGACAGGCGACGUUCUACAAUUCCUGCGGGCCGACAGAGGUGACCAUCGUGAACACCAUGCACCGCCACUCUCCCGGAAGCCCUCUGACGGUCGGGGCGCCCACGCCGAACAAUGCGGUGUACGUCCUCGACGACGACCUGCGGCCUGUGCCUCGCGGAGCCGUGGGCCUCAUGUGGGCUGGUGGGCUCUGCGUCUCGCAGGGGUACCUGAACCGCGCAGACCUCACGGCGAGCAAGUUCAAACCCGAUCCCUUCGGCACGCCCGGGUCGCUCAUGUACAACACGGGGGACAUCGGGCGGCUGAGAGACGACGGCGAGCUCGACCACCUCGGCCGCAUUGAUGACCAGGUCAAGAUCCAGGGCUUCAGGCUAGAGCUAGACGGCGUGUCUGCGGCGAUGCGGACCUGUCCUGGAGUCGAUGCAGCGUGCGCGCUGCUCGUCGACGGCGAGCUGUGGGGGUUCUUCAGCCCAGGUGAUGUCUCGCCAGGCGACGUGAGAGCAGCCACGGCCCGCAUGCAACCGAAAUAUGCCGUACCGACAAAGCUCAAGGCCUUGGACACGAUCCCGCUGACAUGCAACGGGAAGGUGAACAAGGUCGCGUUGCGUAGCAUGGCAGUACUGUCACACCUAGCGGCAGAAUAGAUACCAUGAGUCACUGGCAGGCAGUAGGGAUGCGAUGAAUGUAGAUUUAAUAUUGUGUACUUUGCCACUUAUCGUUAUUGUGUGUCGAGUCGCGAUUGUUCCCGUUCUCGAGUUCUUGUAUCCCGGAUGCUGCACUCAAGCGACUUGGGCAUACGGCGAGGAAACUUCGUGAAGUCCACAGAAGGAGCUCGAGG